UAAAUUUCCAAAGUUUAAGUAAGUCCUUAAAUUUGUCCUAAACAUCAAUAUUCAUUAAAUAUGUUAAGGACUCAGUCAAAAGUCCAGUGAUUGCUCUAACAGCAUUUGAUCCCGUUAUCUUUUCUCGGGAUUUUCUCCAGACUUGUGAUGGCUACGAAGUCAAAACUCCAGUCACUCUCAGCACGCCGUUCCUCGCCGCGUAAUCGCUCCGGAGCUGCACCAGAACCCAUUUCCACACCGGCUACUUUCUCCAGAUUUGUGCCAAACCCCAACUCCACUCGUGGAACCGACAAGACUCCUCGAACGCCGUUCUCCGUCAAGGCCAACACACCCAUCGGCGUAACCUUAAAGUCCGUCUCUUUAUCAAACUGGUGGCUAACAAAGAAGGCAAACGAAAAGGGUCUGGGCGUUGCAGGAUUCGAAUCAAAAGGCGGGUCUGAAGUGAGGCUCUUCUCAUCAGCAACAAUCUCAACAAGACAUGACAGCACCACUCUCGAAACAUCUGAUGGCCUUACUGUCUCCAUCAGUGGAUUCAUCAACCGAUCUCGUUCUUUACAGAACGGGUUUUCACAAGAGGUUUGCAACCGUUUUCUCUUAGGGUUUCCGUAUCACUGGAAAGACUACACUGAAGAAGAAGAAGGGUUCGUGGAGGAGACAGAUCACGGGGUCUCAAUUGAUGAUAUUCCUGUGAAUAGGUUGCAAGAUGUUAUGUUUACUGCUUCUCCUCGCUUUCAAGAUAAGAUCUUGGGUGAUGCUGUUGACAGUUUAAGAGAUCUACUUCGUUCUAGUACUGAGAAACCAGACAAGGAGUGUCCGAAGCCAGAAAAGGAGUGUGAGAGGUCAGGCAAGGAAUGUGGGAAACCAAGAAUGGAUGAUGAGAUUGUUGAGGGAGUGAAGACUAGAGGGAUGCUUAGAAGGAGAGAAGAGGGUGAAGCUUCCAUUGGGGAAAGACUCCACAGAUCGGCCAGAAGAGAGAUCAAAAGAGGAAGGUGAAAACUUUCGACUGUUGUAACAUUGUUCUUUAACUCAGCUUUAGCCAUGUGUAUAAGCUAAUAGCUCUGUAACGCUUUUGGAUUGUAUUUUAUUACCCAAGGUAACAUUGUAAACAAGCCAAAAAUGUGAAAUUUCUUUAUUUAUUUAUGUAUUGGUCUUUAUCGUCCUUGUUGUUAUUUGUCAAAGGAAGUAUCCUAGAAAUGAGGUUUGAU